AUGGAGCCCUCGGCGGACAAGCUAGCCGCGGCUGCGGCUCAGGGCCGUGCGGAGGAAGUGCGGGCGCUGCUCGAGGCUGGCGCGCAGCCCGACGCCCCGAAUCGUUAUGGUCGCAGGCCCAUUCAGGUCAUGAUGAUGGGCAACGUUCGCGUGGCGGAGCUGCUACUGCUCCACGGCGCGGAGGCCAACUGCCCGGAUCCCGCCACGCUCACCCGACCCGUGCACGACGCAGCCCGGGAGGGCUUCCUGGACACGCUGGUGGCGCUGCACGGGGCCGGGGCGCGGCUAGAUGUGCGCGAUGCCUGGGGCCGUCUGCCCGUGGACCUGGCUGAGGAGCGGGGUCACCACCACGUCGCGCGCUACCUGCGCUCCGCAGGUAGCCAAGCCGGCGCAGUUGCCACGCAAGCCCCCCCAGAGCCUGCUGUGCCCUUUGGUCACGCAAAUCACUGGCUCUUUCUGCACCAGGUGCAAGAAGUGCCUGGAGAUGUGAAAAGGGGAGGCGACAUCUUCAAGUCCGACUUCUUGUGCGAUACAGCCCUGACGUAG